AAAUUGAUCAACCUUGAAUUUCCACGCGAUUUCAUAUGUGCGUUGUGCAGGAGGUUGUGUUUGUUGACUUAUUCGGAAUUAUUUCGUAAAUGUUCUUUGAUGAUAUUACGAAAACAUGUUUCUUAUAACCGAGCCAGUCGCUGACGGGGAGCGCUGGGCGCCUCUGCCGCUAUGAGCGCCGGCCGCCGGGUCUGACCAGUGCCCUCUCACCGGACCGGACCGAUGUCAGAGUACGCCGAGUACGCCGACCUGUGGCGACAGGCCGGCCGGCCGCCGGCGGAGGGCGAGCCCGACCCGGACCCGGUCACCGGAGCCGAGGAGGCCGUGCGCAGACUGCGCGCGCUCACACACACCCGGCACGACGUCGUGUACCUGGACACCUCUGACGAGUACCUGCUCCGGUUUCUGCGCGCGCGCAAGAUGCGCGUGUCGGCCGCGUUCGAGCUGCUGACGGGCUGCACGGUGUACCGCCGCGACAACCCGCUGCUGUUCGGCUCGUUCAACGCACACAGUCCGCCGGUGCGCGCCGCGCUGCGGGACGGCUUCCCGGGAGUGCUGGAGCAGCGCGACGGCCGCGGGAGGACCGUGCUGCUCGUGUUCGCCGCCGGAUGGGACCCUGACAGGUACCCGCUGACGGCCAUCUACCGGGCGAUCCUCCUGACCCUGGACCGGCUGAUCGAGGACGUCGAGAACCAGAUCAGCGGCUUCGUCAUGGUGGUCGACUUCAGCCAGUUCUCGCUGCGCCAGAGCAAGAGCGUCAGUCCCAAGAUGCUGCGGCUGAUGGUCAACGGACUGCAGGACUGUUACCCGGCGCGGUUCGGCGGCGUUCACUUUGUCAGCCAGCCGUGGUACGUCGAGGCGAUGCUCUCCGUCAUCAGGCCCUUCCUCAAGGAGAAGGUCAAGGACAAGAUAUACACCCACGGUAACAACCUAUCGGCGCUGUACCACCACGUCAGUCGGCGCAUCUUGCCGGCGGAGCUGGGCGGAGACGGGCCGGCGCACGACACUCAGCGCUGGGCCGACCUCAUGAUCCGCGGCCCGUCGUGACCCGGCGCCGAUCGACGUGACCCCGCGCCAAUCGACGCUCAGAGGCGGAACGGGCGACUCGGCUGGCGCGGCCAGUCGGCGGCGCCCGCAAGUGUUCGUGGUUUGGACGGUACUAGGAGUGUCAAUCCGGCCUUGUCCGCUCUCUACGGGACUUGCCCGUCUCGCACUACAACAAACGAUAUUGAUUCCAGUAUGGGUAGCGUGUGCCGUCCCUCUACGGACGGUUUAGCGGCGGUGACUCUGGAGUCGCUGUGCAGGCCGUUCUUCUGUGAUCCUUUGGAGACACAUACGGCGACCAACCGACGUCACGUACCUGCGCGGUGAGCUUGUCUUACCGGUCCGCCCUGCCCCCUCUGUGGAGUGGUCGCUCCUCUUUCCGACCCGGGCCUGUCUGAGCGGCCGUCAGAGGUGGCUGGGCUGCCGCUCUCAGUGUGGUGCCGGGGCCGCUUCCCCUCCCGACCUGGGCCUGCCUGAGCGGCUGUCAGAGGCGGCUGGGCUGCCGCUCUCAGUGUGGUGCCGGGGCCGCUUCGCCUCCCGACCUGGGCCUGCCUGAGCGGCCGUCAGAUGCGGCCGGGCUGUCGCCGUCAGUAUGGUGCCGCGGCCCCGUCCUCUGACCGGUGCUCCGGCGUCCGGCCUGCUCCCUCUGUGGAGUGGUCGCUCCUCGACCUGACCCGGGCCUACCUGAGCGGCUGUCAGAGGCGGCUGGGCUGCCGCCCUCAGUGAGGUGCCGCGGCCCCGUCCUCUGACCGGUGCUCCGGCGUCCGGCCGGGCCCCGUCCUUCCGUCCCGCCUCUCACCGCUCCACUGGUGGAGGCGAGGGCACGGCGGUUGUGUUAUUUGUGACGGACCUUGGCAGCUUCGGUAGCUUUGUGAUGACUUAGUAAUCUCCUCUGUUUGUUGCGCUUUCAGUUUGCUUCCUUUUUUACUACCCGUUUAUGCUUGUUUGCUUAGCUUUUUUACUUUUUUUUAACUAGCCAAUUUUGUGCUUGCUUGCUGGCAUUCCUUACUUGACCUGUAUUUGUGAUUCGUGGCAGUGUUUUAUUAGAGAGACAUCUGAAAUCUAAGACAUUUCCGGGGGAACAUUGGUCCUGCUCAUUCCGACUGGGCCCAGCAUUAUAAAUUCAUCAUUUCAAAUCAUGACGUUAGUGUACAUGACGAUGUUUAUUGAGUGCUUAAUGUAAGUUAUAUUUGGCGACUUUUGCGUUAUAAACUAUAAGUUCUCAUUCCUUUUUGAGUGAAUUUUUCCUUUUUUAUAUUGCAUGCGUUUUUAGUAUUUAUGUUGUUUUAAAAUUCGGUGGAUUUUAUUGUGAGUUUAACAUAGUACAAUUCACAACUGCGCUUUUUCACUGUGUACGCGGCCUUUCCUCUCAAAUGUCUUCCGUCUAUCAAUGCUGGUUAGGCUGUUCACCGCUCAGCACAUGCUAACUGCUAAAGCUGAUGGCACUGUAUGUAACAAUCUUGCGACAGUCAUUGCUCACGUAUCUGUCGAUAGAUCGUCGACAAUUUCGCUGUUUUUCACACAGUCAACUUGCCAAACAGCACGCCUUGUGAAAACUCUGUGUCAAAUCUAGGCCGAGUCUAGAGUAUGGACCCAUCAACAAUCAAAGUACCUAUGCCAAUCAAUGUGCAUUCUGAUAUGACUGAUAUUUAUACAAUACUGUCGACAUUCAACAACAGACUGUCGAUAAUCCGCGAUGUUUGGCCCUGGAGAUAGACGCUUGUGGUAUAUAGGUCCGGAUAUGAACCUAUGUAAUCAGAGGCUGGCUACGCUUUACGUUGAUAAGCGUCGCGCUUUAGCAGUGUAGUUUUGCUACCGCGUUGCUCGUCUAGCGCUCAUUAUGCUCCAAAUCGCAGCCUGGGCAGGGCCUGAUGUGAAGGCUGUUCUCAGCGGAGUGGAAGCGAUGUGUCGGAGAAUGGGAACGGCUGUCACUGGGUGCUGAGUGUUACGGGGAAUCGUGGCUGCACUUGCUCAUGUCAUUUUGACAAAGCUCAAACAUUCCAUGCACUGGCUGUUUGUGAUGUGUGGCGCACGAACACACGGUAGACCGCAGCGCUAUUGUAUGUACCGUCCGGGUGGCACUGGUGGAAAAAUGGCUUUAUUUUGUGAUGUUUACGGUCACCUACUGGUAUCGGUAUUAGGUUGUGCUUGUUUGAUUGCAGGUGAUACACAUAGAAUGUAUGCGGCAUGCGUCAGUGGUGCUGGGUUACGGCAUGUUACGUUUCACGGAAGUAUGUACCUCAUGUUGCAUCUGAGGCAAGCUUGUACCGGGAGAAUCAGGGUGAGAGUGAGCUUAUGUAGCGCGCUCGGACUAUAUCCACGGCGAUUCUGUGGGAGGAGACGUGUUACCACUGCGAUUCUUUGGCGGCAGAUGUGCGAAUAUAUCUUACCAUGACAGCUCGCCAAUGCUCGCCCGUGUGAUGGGCCGCGACAUACCCGUGAUACCUUCCCAGUGAUUUCUGUGUCGCGUGGAUGGAAUCUGCGGUGUAUUGGCUAUUGCACAAUCCGUAUUUCACCUUGCGGUGCUAGUGUGUAUGUAGUGCGUACACCAAUGCAAAAUGGCACGUACAGCCCUCUGCAAACUGCGUGGUAGGUAUUCUUUUUUCGACAAAACCGUCAAUAACACGGAUACUAUGCUAUCGGUCACUCGGAAAUCGUAACAGCAAGACGCGCAAGGCUCCGCACCUUAGAUUGGCAUGACAAUCAUAUUCAUUUUCCAUCCAGUUUGGCAACAAAACCCAAAAGUUUAUAUUUGCCCCCAAAACAAACUUUUGCAUUUUGUUGCCACACAAGGCAUAUACUUUGUUUAGUGAUAAACCAAAUCGAAGGAGUGAAGCAUGGCGCAUCUAUGUGCAAUGAGUUACGAUCGACUGAUAACAUAGUCUUUGAGUUAUUACCGGUUUUGUCGAAAAAAGAAUACCUACCACGCAGUCUGCUGAGGGCUGUACCCAGCGAAAGUGAUUUUAGAGGCUUACGUAGGGUGGUGGCAGUAUACCCAGCUUUAGCCGUGACGUUCAUAGCGUCACCACUAGUCACACGCAGGUAGUUUCCGCCUGGUAGGGCCGCUAGUCACACGCUAGUUGCAGCCUAGUAGGGCCGCUAGUCGCGCGUGGCUGCACCGUCGCGACCUGUACCCGUGUCGCAGCUCAGGCCACCGCCCAGACGCCGGACCAGGCGGGCUGGUGGCGACGUGUGUUUCACGUGUACGGAUGUUGUUCAUCGCACACCGUCAAUGCGACUGCUGACCAAAUAUAUUUUACCAUACCGAUUGA